AUGUGCUGGGGACUAUUGGGACUGUGCUAUGAUCUGGUACAAUUGGAGAAGAAAGAAGACGGACGGGUUGCCCGGGUCGAUGAUGCUUCUAUGGGCACUAUGGCAGCCAUAAUUGGUGUGGUUGUAGGAGCACUGCUGGGCGGUUCAGAGGCCCUUUUCAUUCUUACAUUACGGAUUCCCUAUAGGAAAGGCACCACAUGGCCCGCGCUUUUAUUUGGGGUUCUCGCCACGAUCCUGCUUGUAGUCGGGUUGUUAGCUCCAUACCGUGAAAUUUGGAAGAGGAGAGGGAGGGUCGUGGGCAUCAAUUGGGGCUUUCUUGCUAUGGAUGCACUUGGAGCAUUGUUUUCAUUGCUAGCUUUAGUUGCCGAAGAAUCGUUUGAUAUCCUGGGAGGGGUUUUAUACUGUGUUGUGUUCGCUUUAGAAUUAGGGAUCUUUGCGAGUCACAUCGUCUGGCGCUUUCUACACCGAGAUCUUACCAGAGAAGCUAAGGCUGCCGGUGUGACGGUCGACGAGAUUCUCGAAACCCGUAUGAAAGCUAGUCCAUCCACAGAAGUUCAAAAGGAAGAAUCGAUGUUUGACCUGGAGACGCAAAGGAGCAAAAGGAAUUCUCUGGAAGGAGGAAUCCUUAAACCCGUGGCAAUUAGUCUGUAG